AUAUGAAUUACGGGUCGGGGUGGGGUGGGUCGUGGGCGUCAACAUGUUCCGAAUUUCCGAUAGUAGGAGGCGCCCUUUUUAAUUUUUACCCUUCGAUUAUUGCCGUUGAAUUAAGUGUAGUGAAACUUCCAAGGCGGCGAUUGCUCGUCUUCCGCUCUCACUGACGCCGAUGAUGCAGCACCCGGCCGGAGUGCAUCGAGAAGAUCAAGCCCCCUCCGAAGAUGGCAGCGACGAGUUGGAGGAGGGAGAGAUCAAGAACUCUCCUCGUCCUCCACAGACGUCUUUCUCCUCCUCCAACAUCGGCAAUGGCGGAGUGCCUCCGCCUCACCCCAAAAGCCCGAUGCAGCACCUAGCCGGAGUGCAUCGGGAAGACCAAGCCCCCUCCGAAGACGGCAGCGACGAGUUGGAGGAGGGAGAGAUCAAGGACUCUCCUCGUCCUUCACAGACGUCUUUCUCCUCCUCCAACAUUGCCAAUGGCGGAAUGCCUCCGCCUCACACCAAAAACCCUAGAUCCCCUUUCUCCACUGCCUCUAUGGACUCCUUCGACCACCGCCGCGUUCGCCAACGCACCCACCUUACCGCCUCCACAAAAUCACCACGGCCGCUUCGUCUUGUCGGCUCCCCCGACGCCGUCGACCACCGCCGCGUUCGCCAACGCACCCACCUUACCGCCUCCGCAAAAUCACCACAGCCGCUUCGUCUCGUCGGCUCCCCCGACGCCGUCGACCACCGCCGCGUUCGCCAACACACCCACCUUACCGCCUCCACAAAACCACCACGGCCGCUUCGUCUCGUCGGCUCCCCCGACGCCGUCGACCACCGCUGCGUUCGCCAACGCACCCACCUUACCGCCUCCACAAAACCACCACGGCCGCUUCAUCUCGUCGUCUCCCCCGACGCCGUCUCCUCCUCAGCUCUCGCCGCCCUCGACAACAAACGCAUCAAAUGUUCCAUCGCCAAGAAGUCGAAGCUCGCCCUCCCUUUCUCCACUGCCGCUAUGGACUCUGUCGACCAUCGCCGCGUUCGCCAACGCACCCACCUUACCGUCUCCACAAAACCACUACGGCCGCUUCAUCUCGUCGUCUCCCCCGACGACGUCUCCUCCUCCUCAGCUCUCGCCUCUCUCGACAACAAACGCAUCAAGUGUUCCGUCGCCAAGAAGUCGAAGCUCGCCCCAAUGACGCUGGUAACGGUCGUCGCCGGAGAGCGGAUACUGACGUCCUCCAUUGCUGCCAAGAAUCGCUCUGGCGAGUUGGUCACUGCCUCUUAUUCGUCUGCAGAUGAUUGGGUCAGUUGCCGCCGCGCCGUCCGCGACGUUCGCAUCUUGUUCGACUCGUUGCGCACGCGCUACCGGGGCCGAGCGCGCCCCGACCUCAAAGCGGCGCGGGAGAUGAAGGAUCGCGGCUUGUGGCUUCACCGAGACUACCGCAUCAUCGGAGAUAUCCCUGGGUUGUUGAUCGGAGACGUGUUCUUCUACCGGUCGGAGCUGCAGGUCGUGGGGCUUCACGGCGUCCCCCAGGGCGGCAUCGAUUAUGUCCCUCGUGCCGUUUCGUCCAUUGGCGUGCCCAUUGUGACCAGCAUCAUCGUCUCUGGCGGCUACGAGGACGAUGUGGACAACGGCAACGAGAUUAUCUACACUGGUCAAGGCGGCAAGCAGCGCGAUCGUUCUCGCCUGAAUGCCGAUCAGAAACUCCGGGCUGGGAACCUUGCUCUUCAAUACAACAAGCACAGAGAUAGGAAGAUCCGUGUCAUCCGCGGUUUCCCCUACAACGACAGCCCCAGCGGCAAAGUCUACGUCUACGACGGCCUCUACACCCUGCAAGACUCCUGGACGGACACCUCCAAGUCCGGCUUCACCGCGUACAAGUUCCGCCUCCGCCGGGCGGAGGGCCAACCGCCCAUGGGGAGCUCCGUCUUUAAGCUCGCGGAGGAACUCAGGGCGCGGAAAUAUCCUAAUGGCUACUUAUCUUGGGACAUCUCCAGCGGCGCCGAGGGUGCAAACCCCGUGCGAUUGUUCAACGACAUCGACCUCGACAACGAGCCUCUGUUCUUCAAGUAUCGCUCCCGCCCUCACUUCCUCACUAAUGCCCUGCUUUGCCGGAGCUCCAUCAAGAUAAUGGGCUGCAGGUGUUCGGGCGUUUGCUCAUUAGACUGCGAAUGCAUCCAGAAGAAUGGUGGAGCAAUGCCCUACGACCCCUAUGGAAUCCUCGUGCGCGGGAAGCCGAUGAUCUACGAGUGCGGCCCAUCCUGCCCUUGCUCAGGUAGCUGCCCUAACAGGGUGAGUCAGAAGGGGCUCCGCUACAAACUUGAGGUGUUCCGGUCGCUGUCGAUUGGCUGGGGCUUGCGGUCGCUGGACGUUAUCCGCGCCGGCUCAUUUAUCUGUGAAUUCAGCGGCGACGUGCUCCCCAGCGAGGAGGCGCCGACGAACUCCACCUACCUGGUUCGGACGAGCCAAUUCCCGCCCAAUUGGGCGAAAUGGGGGAACAUCUCGGAGGUGUUCCCGAAGCGAAGUCUGCGGGAGAUUUUUGAUGCCGUUCCUGGGCCGCGCUUCGCCAUGGACCUCUCGUGCGCAAGGAACGUCGGGUGCUACCUUGGCCACAGUACGAUGCCGAACGCGUUUGUCCAACCUGUGCUGUAUGAUCACAACUAUCAAUCGCAUCCUCACUUGAUGGUGUUUGCAAUGGAAAACAUUCCUCCGCUGAGGGAGCUAAGUAUCGAUUAUGGGGAUCAAGAUUGAGUGAUCGAUGAAGAAGGGAAAUUUCUCCCAUUUUCGGCUUUCAAGAUCUCAUUUCACGAAAAAAGAUCACGGUUGGUUACUCUUUUCCUUAUCACUAGUGUUUUUUUCUUCUUCUCAUAUGUUUUCUAGGCUUUUGCAAAUCUUGAUAGUCUACCUUGCUACAGCUUGCAA